AUGCAAACCUUCCUGCUCUCCUCCAUCUUCGUUUGUGUGUAUUACUCCGCUAUUAAUGCGCCCAUCGCGAUGACGCUCUUCUCCCGUUUUUUUUGGGCAUGUUCCCUGUUCGUGCAAUACUACAUCAGCCUGAACUCCUUCCGCCCUGAUUCCGAAACCUCCUUCACCAAGAUCAGCCGCUGGGCCUUGCGCCUGGAUGACUCGCAGGCAACCAACCACGAGUUGUGGGUGGCCCUGCUGGGGCAGGACCCAUUGUCGGAAGGCGAGGACGCAUCCGCUCGACUAAGGCUCAGCCAAGCGGAAGUCGUGCUCCGCUUCUGCAUGUGUUAUGUGUCCAACGGCCUCUAUCGGAUCUUUAUCGUGUACUCGCUCCCAGUCUACCUGGCAACCUCUGGGUCAGCGAGUGACUUUGCGCUGAACGCCUUCGCGGUGACCUUCAUCUCGGACCUGGACAACCUCUCCGCGGAUGUAGAGUACCGGCGGUUUUCCUAUCAAUCUCUGGAAGAACCGGAAGCACGCGAAAUGAAGGCACCUCUUGGAUUUGGUUCGCAAUGA